AUGAACAUAUUGUUUAUAAUAAUGUAUUUUUUCUUCUUCUUUUUUUUUUUAAAAUUUGGAUUAUGUGGGAAGUCUAACUCAUUAGAUAAAUUUUAUUUUAAUGAUGUUAAAAGCACAAAAAAUAAUAUAAUUCCUGGUUCUAAAGUUUUAUAUCCAUUAAUUCAAGAUCUUGAAGAAAAUGAUGACUAUUUCAAUAUUGACAAUAUAUAUGAUGAAAUGUCUUUUCCUGAUCCUUUUAUUCAACCUGAAGAAUGUGUUUUAUCUUUAGGAAUAAGUCAUUCAUGGUUGUGUGAUCCUUCUCGCUUCUUAAAUUUAAAUGAACAAUUAAAUGUUGAAGCAGCUUUACUUAAGAUAAGGGAUACUAAUUUUCAUAAGUGUUCAAAUAAUGGAAUUUAUUAUUAUCAAGUUUCUGUGGCUUUAGUACCACAAAUACAUAUAGAUAAAAAUAACUCUCAUGAAAAAUCUGCCCAAAUUUUUGCUCAUAAUUUAUUAAGAAAAUGGGGGAUUGGUAACAAAGAAUGUCAUGAUGGUAUUUUAUUUGUUUAUAUAAAGCAAUUAGGAAAAUUUAUUGUAGUUAAAAGGGAAGGUGUUGAAAACCAAUAUAUAAAUGAAAAUGAAAUUAGAAUGCAAUUUAUGAAUACUUAUUUUGCUACGGGAUCUCUUAGUAAAGCAUUAAUUGAAUCGUUAAAUUUUGUUAAUAAAAAACUACCUUCAAAACAUCAAGAACUAACCAAUACAGCAAAAAUGUUUUUAUUAUUAAUUCUUUUCUAUAUUGUGUCUGUCAUUAUUUUAUAUAUUACUACUGUUACAUAUGGUAAAAAUAUUUAA